UCAAAGUAUCACGUUCUGCGUGAAUUUUUGGCAACACUUGCAACAGCAUCACGUUCUGCUGUCAUUUUUUGCACGCAAUUUAUGCAAAUAAUCGACAACACUAAAUUUUUGUCUACACAUCAGCAGAGUAUCAGAAAAUAUGCAACACAGUAGCUGUACUUUUGCAAUUAUUUCGUAGCUCGAACGAACCCAUUUUUAGCCCGGGAAGAACGGUAAAUAAUAAAUAUGAUGCAAGUUAACCCACGAAUUACGUUCACAAAGAGUAUUGAAAACUGUGUGUCGCAACUGCUAGAAAAAUUUUACGAAAAGCUAGAUAUCAUAGCAGAGUCGCUCGAAAGAAACCAUAUAUUUCACUUGUAAACAGACGAAAGCGCAUUGAGCUUGCUAGAAUUAUAUAAAUUCGUCGGAAUUCUGGAGAAACUAAUAUUUUCGGAUAAAAGUAAAUUUUGCAUUUGUCAAAAUAUCACAUUCUGCGUGAAUUUUUGUCGACACUUGCAACAGCAUUACGUUCUAAUGUCCCUUUCGCACGCAAUUUAUGCAAAUAAUCGGCAACACUAAAUUUUUGUCUAUACGUCAGCAAAUAUGCAACACAGUAGCUGUACUUCUGCAAUUGUUACCUAGCUGAUGCGUUCGAGCAUUUAUUUUUUUUUUCUAAUUAGCAACACCCAUUAUUUCAGCUUUUAAAUUAGGAUUGAUGUUUAUCAAUAUUUUUGUAUUCACUUUUUGAUUUGUCUCCAGUUUCCAUAUUUUAGUUGAUCCAAGUUUAUAACCAGUUUUAUAUUUGUAUUUAAUGCAUCUUGAAAUAUUACUAUUUCAUAUUUAUAAUAUUUUAAACAUUUAUGCAUACUAUUGUAUUUGUUUAAUAAUAAAUUCGAGUGUACAGACCUAUUUGUGCACUUUUAUAAAAUAUUUACUUUGUCUACACGAGUCUAAUCAAUCAAUAAUUUGACGAAGAAUUUUUAAUCACUCAAAAUUUAGCCUUAAAAACAUGGCUCCUCCAUCAUAUCCUGAUCUCGGCAAACAAGCCCGCGAUGUCUUCAGCAAAGGUUACCACUUUGGUCUAUGGAAGUUGGAUUGUAAGACGAAAACCCCCUCUGGUAUUGAAUUCAACACAGCCGGUCAUUCCAACCAGGAGUCUGGAAAAGUCUUCGGAUCACUGGAGACAAAAUAUAAGGUUAAGGAUUAUGGUUUAAGCUUAACCGAAAAAUGGAACACAGAUAACACCUUGUUCACCGAAGUGUCUGUCCAAGAUAAGUUGUUGGAAGGUUUAAAGUUGGCAUUCGAAGCUACUUUCGCUCCUCAAUCAGGCAAUAAAACUGGAAAAUUUAAAGCUGCCUAUGGUCACGAAAAUGUGAAGGUGGACUCGGAUGUGAAUGUAGACCUAAAUGGUCCACUCAUCAAUGCUUCAGCUGUAUUGGGUUAUGAAGGCUGGUUGGCUGGUUACCAGACUGCUUUCGAUACCCAAAACAAUUCAUUGAAAACCAACAAUUUUGCCUUGGGCUAUGCUGCAAAGGACUUUGUGCUGCAUACAGCUGUCAAUGAUGGCCAAGAGUUUACCGGCUCAAUUUUCCAGAAAUGUACUCCAAAACUCGAUGUUGCCGUUCAAUUAUCUUGGACAUCUGGUGGUAACAAUACCAAGUUUGGUCUUGGUGGCAAGUACCUUAUCGACGAUGAUAUUAGUGUCCGUGCGAAGGUGAACAACGCUAGCCAAGUUGGUUUGGGUUACCAACAACGGGUACGUGAUGGUAUUACAGUUAGUCUCUCCGCUUUGAUUGAUGGCAAAAACUUCAAUGCCGGCGGUCACAAGAUUGGUGUUGCUUUGGAGCUGGAAGCUUAAAAGUAUCAUAAUUUUAAAAACGAUAAAACAGUUACCCAUUAAAUUAUAACAGAAUCCCAACAAGAAAUAAAGAACAUAGAAAUAAAUUAUUUCAUGUUUAGCCAGUAAAAACAAUAUAGCAGUUAAUCCAAAUAAAUGGGAUUUUAAUUAAAGUUACAAACACAUACACACAAUUUUGAAGCUCAUAAUUUAAAACUAUUUAUAUUAUUUGUUUAAGUUUUUCGUCCUUAAACGCGGUUAUUUAGUAAUUUUCUGUUAAAUUAUAUAUUAUCGCCCAACGCAGCUAUCGUAUAAAGUUAAUAUGUAGUUAUGCCAAUAAUGUGCAUUUAAUUCAGAAAAGUGUAUUAUAAAAGUUUAAAUUCAUAUUACGAUAUAUACAAUUUUAUCAGCAUUA